GUGGUGGAAUAAAAAGAACCUGCUUAGUCACAGACCUGGAAAGCCUGCAGCUGUGCCUAGACAUGCGGCGCAAAAGGAAGUGUCAGUGAGCCCUUGAUUUCAAAAGCUGACGGCUUUUCUUCUCUCCACAGAUGGGAGCUCCUAGAUAGUCCAUCCAGUUCUGUGUGCAGCUGCUGUGACUCAACAUGUGGAGCGACUGGGCCUCGCCACCGGAGAGAUCUGGAAGGUCUGUCUGUGGAAGCCCGUCCAUGGCAAUCGGACGUGGUGGUGACUCGUUUCACAAUUCAGAAACUGGCUCAAAAUGGAGACCACGGAGAACUGGGUGCAAACGGCUCUCUUGCUGUCAGGAGGAGUCGCAAAGGAGAAUGAUGACUGGCUUCUGGUGGGCGGCUGUGUUUAUUGAAGUGUUGGCCAUCCAGAUUUUGGCCACAGUGGGGUCUAACAUUCCUCAAGCGACAACCGCAGAGCUGGGACUCUUCAAUAGGAUAUUUCAUGCUGCAAAGGGUCUGGUGUGGAGCAGCAAUGCCGAUGCCACAGAGCCCACGGCAACCACUUUGCCAAUGCUUCCUCGCUCCACGGCAGCCAGCGCAGAGCCCCGCGUCCAGCUUCUGCAAGCUGCUCAGGCCAGUGAUGCAAAGAUGAAUUUCUCCCUGAGAGUGUUGAAUGAAGACUUCAGUGUUGCGGCUGAACCCGGGGAGUACGUCGAAGGUGCUUUGAUCCACCUUGAGGCCAGAGUCCAGGCGAGUCCAGGCCUGUCCCCCAAGCUCUUCGUUGACGAGUGCUACGGCAAGGAUGUCGGAAACCAUGGCCAUUUCAGGAGGAUCUACAUAUUGGCAGAUAAACAUGGGUGCCUGUAUGGUGACGGCCCCAAGGUCAGGUGGCUCCGUAGAGAAGACCCUGCGAUGGUGUUCACAAUACCUGCCUUCUUGCUAACCGGCGACUCAGAGGAGAUCUAUAUUCAUUGCCUCCUGUCGGCAUGGAGCAGAGAGACAUCUUCAAGCCUUGGCAAGAAAGCUUGUUACUUUGACAGCAUCUCUUCCAGCUGGAAGAACAUAGAUGACCCAUCCAAGAAUUAUGUCUGCAAGUGCUGCAACAGCCACUGCCCUUGGGAGCCCCCCAGUCCUGGAAGCGAGAAAGCAUUUUGGGGUGAAGGAAAGCUCCACAGUAGAGUGGUUGGCCCUUUGAGAGUGCACAAGGAAGAUGUCCCGUGGUUUGAAGGACGAUGCCACACCAUGAAGACGUUCCUCUUGGUGAGCAUCUCCUUUGGGGGCAGCUGUGUGCUGGCGGUCCUCUUCACCGGGGCUACGGUAGCGCUAGGCCUGGCCGUCUUCCGCUACUCCCGCACCAGCAAAGGCCACAAACUCCUGAAGAACCGCAAGGAGCAUCAAUUCCAGACGGAGCUCCAGCUGGUCCUUGGAGACCUGGCUGUCGACGAAGAGGUGGAGAAGGAAUCUAACGUUGACUACUGCAAGAUCAAGAGCGACACGCCAGAGGAGGCCUAACUCUCUAUUCCCUAAAGCAAAAAUAAAAUGUGUGUUGAA